ACAGAGCCCAAAAGAUUUUUAUGAGUUUCAUUCCCGCCAUCAGAACGCACCCACACCCGCACCCGCACUCUCUCUCCUGGCUUUUGAAUCGUCUGUGCUGCUUUCGAACUUGAGGUCUCCUGUUCUUCUCCAUUCAAUGGCGAAACCUAAAGAAGAGAAAUCAGACGAUCUAGAAAUCACCUCAAUCGGAGCUCUGCACAAAGGUCCCUGGGACAAGAAGUACUGGAGCAGCUCUAGGGGUAAAGACCGCUAUCCUUAUCCAGUCGGGUACCAAGCUCUUCGGACUCAUAAUGGGAUCAGAUAUAAGAUGGAAAUCCAUGAAGGUCCCAAAGGGCCUUUAUUUGUGAUCAUAUCUGCUGAUGGAAUCUCGUGUUCUGGGCAAACUCCAGAUAUUGCAUGGGAGAUCUUUCAAAAGAAAGGCUGCCCUCGUUUAAAGACAUUGCAUGGGAAGAGACUUUCAUGCAAGAUAGAUGGUGUGGAGUUUUUUGGGUUCAGAAAUCCAUUUGUCCAGCGGUUACUUCGGGAACUGGUGGCAAACGUCAAUGGAACAGCAGAACAGACUUUGCUAUCAGCCAGCUUCUGUAAUAGAGCAUCUGGAGCAGAGAAUGAUACACGACUUCCAGAUUCAUGUACAUAUCCUGAUCUGCUACCAUAUUUGGAGAAACCACAGACUACAGGGAAGAGAAGUAGAAAACAGAAAAAUAUAAAUAUGAAGUCGAUUAGUGGGUCUGCCCGCAAAAGACUUCGACCUUCCGAGCUUACAGAUAAUUCUGUCGCUUCAAGUUCCAGACAAAGGAAUCGUAAUGCCAAAGAUGGUUUGCCUUUGGAAACUGUUGGCCUUUGUGAUCAUCUUAGAGAGGAAGCCCUCAUCCUCCAAGAGGAGGGAAAGCUUGUUAGUUCUGAAAAUUAUAUAUCCACUAGAGCAGUUAAUAUCCCUUCCACUGAGGAAAAACCUCUUGAUAGGUCAAAACAUAUCAAGGUGCAAGGGCUCGGUUACUCAACACCAGUAGAAGACAACAACGUGGAAACCGUAUUUCCAAAGAGUUCUCAAGGUUUCAAUAAUGUGGAUCACUGUGCUCCUGACACCUUAGAUCAUAUGCAAGAUAAUACUUCUGCUUAUGCCUCUACUGCUCAUAAGGAAGGUCCUGACAAUGUGAAAGAUGAGCUAACUGCAGCUGACAUGACCAUUUUUGAAGGUUCAGUAACUGAAUCUCACCUGGAAGGAGAAGUGGGCACUUAUACUUCAAAUGGAAGUUCGGAAAGAAGUGAUUUUGAUUCAGUUGGUCAGGAAGUAGCCAAGUCAAUGAUGACAGUUCUGCUUCCACAAGCACUUCCCCUGCUCAAGGAGACCUCAAGGAAGAAAAAGGCAACAAACAACCAUUUGGGACUUUCUUUCUAUAGAGCAGAAUCUCUAGACGAAAACAAUGGAGCUUGCCCCAUUGUGAAUGUUGCAUCUCCUGCUCUAGUGCUUGCUGAGAAUUCCCCUGUGGAAAUAGAGGAAAAGGUGCAAACGUUUAGGAGAGAUUUUGAUCCAGUUAUCCCAAGUUUUGAACAUGUCAAAUCUGUUAUUCCUGACAGUUUCGAGGAUGAUCAAUGUGGACAUGAUUCAACUAAUGGACCACCGCUCUUUUCUGAUAUUGCUGGAGCUGAUCAGGCUUCUUUUGAUAAAGACACGUGUGCUUGUGACACUUUGGGACAGUUUAUCAACGUUGAUGCGUGGAAGGAGUCAUCUGUUUGUCAUGUUGAAACCAGUGAGAGAAAAGAUGGUUUCUCAUGCAGUAAAGCAAAUGUGGCUUCAAAGUUGGACGAGAACUCCAUCCACCAUGGAAUUCUUUCUGUGGAAAGAGAAAAGACUUUGCUUGAUUGUGCUGAAGUUGUGUUUCUACAAGUUGUAGAUACAAGUGGUGCUAACACAAAGUGCAUGGUGAGUUCUGUUCAAAUAUCAGAGCAAAGCAUCAGUAGUAAAAUGGAUGGUGCUGAAGCUGGUAAUCAAUUCUCAGAUGUAGCUCCUUUAACAAGAAAAUACAAUGGUCUCCUCUCAGAAAGUAUCAUAUAUAGAAACUUUGGAGAUGAUUGCAUCCUUGAUGCUUAUCCUACAGUAGGACCUUUACUUGCUGCAGAAAUUCAUCAAGUUAGUUCUUCUGCUAGCAGCCCAGGUAAAAAAGUUCUAUUUAGUCCUGAAGUGAAGCUUGAAGGGCAGCACUACAAUUUAAAUACAGAAGAAAUUGCUCUUAACCCUGAAGAAAGUUGUCAAGCCUACAUUGACAAGAAGCUUGUUGAGCAACAGAACCUUGUAAAGUUAAACAGAUCUGUUCAGAAAGGAGGAACAAGUUUCAGUGAGAAUAACAUGUCUAAUGCCGAGGAAGUUCAAGCUGGGAAGGCCCACAUUAAGAUGGAGGUUAAGCACGAUCUAGUGGGCAGCACUGAGCUUGUGGGAUGCUAUGUCCACCCCAUGCCUGUUUUGUCAGUGUUAUUGAACACAAGAGAGGAUGAAAUCCAUAUUUGUGUCUUAUGUGGUCUUUUGGUGGAUAAGGACACAAUCUUGUUUAUUUACAAAGUUACAAUUAAAGAACCAAGGUUGCAAAGCCCUACUUUUGUUGGUUACACGCCAAUUAUAUUGCCAACUCUAAAGGACAGAAGUGGUGGAGAGGUUGCAUUGGACAGAUUUGGUUUGCAAUUCACUCCAGAUGGGCAGUCCCUUGUUUUACUAAACAGUAUAAAAACACCUUAUUGCCGGGAACAGAAGAUCCCCUGUCUCUGCUCUGCAUGUAAGUUGGAAUGCUUUGAGGAGAAUGCAAUAAAGAUUGUGCAAAUAAAACUUGGUUUUCUUUCAGUUGUGGAAAAAUUGAAAACAGUUGACAGUGUUCAAUGUAUAUUAGUCUGUGAACCGAACCAUCUUGUUGCUGUUGAAGAGAGUGGGAGACUUCAUGUUUGGGUCAUGAAUUCAACAUGGAGUGUACAGACAGAGGACUUCAUUAUACCAACUAAUGAUUGUGUAUCUCCUUGCAUAGUUGAGUUGAAGAGAAUUCCAAAGUGUGCUCCUUUGGUCGUUGGUCAUCAUGGUUUUGGGGAAUUUAGUUUAUGGGACAUUUCCCAACGCAUCCUCAUAUCAAGGUUCGCAAUGCCAAGCAUUUCAAUUUUCGAGUUCAUUCCAAUCAGCUUGUUUAGUUUCCAAAGUGAGGUUCCUCUUUCCAGCAAUCCUGAUGUGGAUUUGCACAUAAACAAAAUAAUGGCUGCAACAAAAAUGUGGUUCUCAAAGCACAAUGAAAAUUACACCUUUCUUCCAUUAGGGGGGGAAAGCAUUGCUGUGUGGCUUCUUGUUUCAACUCUUUCUGACUCUGACACUCAGCAUGACAAUCAAAUGAAUGAUUGCCAAACAAAUCCAGUUGGAUGGUGGAGACUAGCUCUCCUGGUGAAAAAUAUGGUCAUCCUGGGAAGUGCAUUAGAUCCAAGGGCAGCUGCUAUUGGUGCUUCAGCUGGUCAUGGGAUCAUUGGUACACAUGAUGGACUUGUGUACAUGUGGGAAUUGUCUACAGGUACUAAGCUUGGCAGUUUACACUAUUUCAAAGGGGGUGUGUCAUGUAUUGCUACGGAUGAUUCAAGAUCAGAUGUUUUUGCUGUAGCUGGUGAUGGAGGUCAGUUGCUGGUUUACCUACAUCCCCAAAAGGAAUCUUGAAAAUUAACAAGCAUACAAGCAACAAGCUGUUUUGUCAUCUUUUUAAAUGGUUUCAUUGUACGCUGUCUGUGAGCUGGUAUAUGGAUUCCUUAAAGCGAUAGACUGUACCCUGACAAUCCGUGCAAUUUAGGUUGGUUAGACAUUUGUACAUCUGUACUUUCUCUUUUCUCUGCGAUUGGAUAACCCAUACACCAAAUAUUUCAUCCCUGGUAUAUUGGUGCAAUGAAACUCAAUAAUCUUGACAAUUGUUAAUAAAAUUUGAUUGAUUUUUUCAACCCA